AUGCCCCACAAUAUGAUCACAAUAGCGUCCCCUCCGCAGGAAAUGAUUGAUCAGAUCACCGACAUUGCUAGCCAUGGGGGUGGAUCCAGCGGAGUACUCAAAGACCUCCGCCUAGUUGGCAGGCCAUUUUGCUGCAGCGCGACGCGUCUUCUAUUUCAGGCAGUUCGCCUAUUCCAGAAACAUGCAAGUGAUCUGGACCUCGAUAAACGCGAUGAUCUUCAGGCAUUACUGGAGCUGGCCCAGUCUGGAGCCAGUCGAUAUAUACGGGUUAUGCGAGUUCAUGGUGAUAUUUUCUCGAACUCCUCUGACCUAACCGAGGGAGUAGACGUGACAGGCACUAUUGCGAAAGCUUUCCGGGACUAUGAGCGGCCAAGACUGGAGAGGUUGGAGCUUUUUGAACCCAACAAUUUGAUGCUGCGCGAAUUCUCCCAUCCCGCAGUGGCACCUACCAUCGCCGGUCUCCAGUACCUCACAAUCUGGGGAUGCCCAAGAUGCCCCAGCAGUGCGGAGAUGCGACGCAUAUUGCAGUCUGGUGAAAGUCUUCGAUCGGUAGAGUGGCGAAACUGCCCAUCAUCCUUCGAGGGGGCGACUGGUAUCGUUCACCCCAAAGCCCCGUUGGAACACUUCAUACUCUAUUGCUAUAAGCCGUUAGUCAUCUCGCUAGACGCCCUGUCAUCCACGGUGCGCAAUGCCAGGAACACACUGAUCUGUCUGAGCAUUUACCCCAUGAGGUCUCAAUCAGAAGGACAUGCCCAGAAGCUAACGGGGGAGCUUACAUCUUGCCCCUUGCUUCACCAUGUGGAUCUGGGCAUAUACUCUGAAGACCCCGUUAUACAACAACAUACUGAGAGGGUGAAGUCGACAAUCCCUCCUGGAGAACUGUGUAGUGAAGAGCGUUACCCGGAUUACUGGCCGCGCUUGUCCCUCGUUCGUUACUUGGACUGGGAUUAUCAGGAGGCUCGUGGAUACUCUGGACCAGAAGCUGAUAUCUUACGGAACUUGAUCAAUCAAGGGCUCUCUCAUGGAGUGAAGUCGGGGGCUUAUCUGAUUAGCAGAUUGGUAGAAGAAUUGGCGGGCUCUGCAAUCGAGUCGAUCAAAGACUCUGAAAUUUACAAGUCUAUUUCUUGGAUUUCUUCGCCGGCGACCGCAAUUAUGACGAUGCGUCUGCUAGGAAUAUCGAUUAGUUAA